UAUAAAUACUGUAUCACUACCCGAAUUUUGUUCCUUUCUCUCUCUUCAUUUUCCUAUACAUCUCUCAUCUGAAUUAGGGCACACAAACACGAUCUUUGUUUCUGAACCAGACAUCUCUCCGAUCUGCUAUUCAGGGUGUCAUUUGAUUAGCGAUAAAGCUUUACAAAUAGCUUCUCUAUCUUUUGGCUUCUCAAGACGGGAACGGCUGUUUCUAUGAAGGAAUGAAAUUUUCAUAAUUUAUAUUACUCUCACCUCAUGCCAUGUCGGGUUUACUUAAUUCAUCUGUUAAUGGAUCAGCUUCAAAUCUUCCAGAUGGUACUGGGCGAUCUUUUGCUAACUCAUUUUCUGGUCAGUCUGGUGCAGCUUCCCCUGUUUUUCAUCACUCCGGAACUAUCCAAGGGUUGCACAACAUUCACGGAAACUUCAAUCUUCAGAACAUGUCAGGUGCACUAACUUCAAGAAAUUCAACAAUAAAUAAUGUUCCAUCUGGUGGGGUGCAGCAACCUACUGGAACAAUUUCCAGUGGGCGUUUUGCAUCAAACAACCUUCCUGUUGCUCUUUCUCAGUUAUCUCAUGGCAGCUCUCACGGACAUUCAGGAGUCGCAAAUAGAGGAGGUAUAAGUGUUGUAGGAAAUCCUGGAUUUAGUAGUAGCACAAAUGCAGUUGGCGGUUCUAUUCCUGGGAUUCUGUCUACUUCUGCUGCUAUUGGUAAUCGAAAUGCUGUUCCAGGAUUGGGUGUAUCCCCAAUUUUGGGAAAUGCAGGUCCUCGGAUCACAAGUUCAAUGGGAAAUAUGGUAAGUGGAGGCAACAUAGGAAGGAGUAUAACUACUGGCGGGGGUUUGUCAUUACCUGGUCUUGCUUCUCGUCUAAACCUUGGUGCGAAUAGUGGAUCUGGAAGCUUAACUGUGCAGGGACAAAACCGUUUAAUGAGUGGUGUGCUUCCACAAGGAUCUCAACAGGUUAUUUCUAUGUUAAGUAAUUCUUAUCCAAGUGCUGGAGGUCCACUUUCCCAAAACCACAUACAGAAUGUGAAUAGUCUGAAUUCUCUAGGGAUGUUGAAUGAUGUGAACUCCAGUGACAAUUCCCCUUUUGACAUCAAUGAUUUUCCUCAGUUGACAAGUCGUCCAAGUUCUGCAGGAGGGCCUCAAGGACAAUUGAGUUCCCUGAGAAAGCAGGGCCUUAGUCCUAUUGUUCAACAAAACCAAGAGUUUAGCAUUCAGAGUGAAGACUUUCCAGCAUUAUCUAGAUUUAAAGGUGGCAAUGUUGAUUAUGGCAUGGACAUUCAUCAGAAAGAUCAACAUGAAAAUUCUGUGCCUAUCAUGCAGUCUCAGCAGUUCUCUAUUGGGAGAUCUGCUGGAUUUAACCUAGGGAGCACAUACUCACAUCGACCCCAGCAGCAACAGCAACAUUCUCCUGCAGUCAGCAACAGCACGGUGUCCUUUCCGCCUGCUAAUAAUCAGGAUCUCCUCCAUUUACAUGGAUCAGAUAUAUUUCCAUCUUCACAUGCUGCAUCCUAUCACCAGCAGUCUAGUGGGCCUCCUGGUAUUGGUUUAAGACCUCUGAGCUCUCCUAACUCAGUGUCUGGAAUGGGUUAUGACCAACUUAUUCAGCAAUAUCAGCAGCAUCACAGUCAACCGCAGUUCCGGUUGCAACAUAUGUCUGGUGUUAGCCAAUCAUUUAGAGAUCAAGGGAUGAAGUCUAUGCAGGCAGCUCAAUCUUCUCCUGACCCAUUCGGUUUACUUGGUUUGUUAAGUGUAAUAAGGUUGAGUGAUCCUGAUCUUGCAUCCCUUGCGCUCGGGAUUGAUUUGACCACGUUAGGAUUAAAUUUGAAUUCAGCAGAUAACCUUCACAAGACUUUUGGUUCCCCGUGGUCUGAUGAGCCUGCUAAGGGUGAUCCAGAUUUCAAUGUACCUCAGUGUUAUCUUAUUAAACCACCACCUUCUCUGCAUCAAGGAUACUUCUCAAAAUUCACUUUGGAAACGCUGUUUUAUAUAUUUUUCAGCAUGCCCAAAGAUGAAGCUCAGUUGUAUGCUGCAAAUGAACUUUAUAAUAGAGGCUGGUUUUAUCACAAAGAACAUCGAUUCUGGUUCAUUCGGGUCUCUAAUAUGGAACCGCUUGUGAAAACUAGCUCGUACGAGAGAGGAUCUUAUCUCUGUUUUGACCCUCACACAUUUGAAACUGUCCGCAAGGAUAAUUUUGUGCUUCACUACGAGAUGGUGGAAAAGAGACCAGCUCUACCGCAACAUUAGCCAUUCUCUUUUUCCUUUUUAUUAAAUGUAAAAAGGUAAUUUGUGGAUUUUUGUGUUAUUAGCCAUAGUUGUGUUUGUAGAAGUAAUAUUCUGUUAAUUUGAUAAUUUUAUAUCCAUCCAUUAUGAUGUGGGGGCCCCCUUGUUAUUGUAAUGAGCCGUUUUUGCUUCCCGGAAAAGGACAACUGUAACGAGGCAUAUGUUUGAUCACCCGUCGUUCUACAUGAUGAUAUAUUUGGUUAUUAGCUUAGUUUAGUUUGUUGAACUUUAUCAUAUUAAUAAUAAUACCCAAUUGAUUAAAUA